CUCCGCGAGCCUGUCGCGAGCGUUUGAAACUUCCGACGCCUCGUGCCCGUCCUGAGGCCUGACGUUCUCGGUACACAAACACAAGUUGACUACAUGGAGCGUGUUCAAUCUUCAUAUACUCAGGUUCCACAGGAUGACUCGAGACUCGAAUUUGAUGAGUAUCAAAGCAAGGUUGACCAGCGGCCGAAGACCUACUAUAAUGAUGGCGAGUUUUCUGCACCUAGCUCUGACGAUGAGCCUAUUGAGAAGGAUACCGAACGGGAUGCCUUCUUGGAUGAAGAUGAAGAUGACUUGGAAUACACGGGAUCCCUGACCAGGAUAACCAAAGGGCACCCAACCGCACUAAGGACCCUCCUCUUAGCUCUUUCUGGCCUUGUAUUGCUUGCUACCGUAAUUGGCAUAUUCGCGGCGCAGUCGUAUAAUGGAACGUAUUUUAAGACCCGAGGCAAACGUCCACUUUCCAUGGACCAUGUGUUCAAUGGUACAUUUUCGUAUGAUCGCAAAUAUCUUGAUUGGGUCCCCGAAGCUGGAGAUGGUGUUUUCUCUGUUCAGAUCGGGGGGGACAUAGUGCUGGUGAAUCUGGACACCGGGACCAAUAAGACUCUAAUGUCACAGAAAGAUGUCAACGACGAACAUGGACGACCGCUUGUUUGGAACGAAUGGAAGCUAUGCCCAGAUAUGAAGUACGUGCUCCUCAAAACCGACCGCUUGAAGCAAUGGCGACAUAGCAGUUUUGGGAAUUAUUAUCUACACAACCUUGAUGAUCAUUCUACGAAACCCAUUAUGCCGCCAUCAAGUCCCCCGGUCAUUGCCUAUGCUCAAUGGGCUCCUGUUGGGCACUCGGUCGCUUUCGUGACUAACAACGACAUCUAUUUGAUUCAGGAUGUAGGAAAAACUUUGACUCCGAUUCAAAUUACCUUUGGCGGAAACUCUAGUCUAUUUCAUGGUGUUCCUGACUGGGUGUAUGAAGAGGAGGUCUUUUCAUCUGAUUUUGCGCUCUGGUGGUCUCCCGAUGCGUUGCGAGUCGCCUACCUGCGGCUGGAUGAAACGAAAGUCAAUAUGUUCGAAUACCCUAUCUACAACCCUUCAACUGAUUCACACGAAGUGCAUCCAUACCCAGAACGAGUCUCUAUGAGAUACCCGAAGCCUGGCUUCAAUAACCCUCUGGUUUCGGUCCAUAUUUUUUCCCUCAAUACUUACAAUAAAGCUAUUGUCGAUCUGAACGAGAACAAAACGGUGGCUGUUGAGACCGCCACGCAGGCGCUUGAUUGGGAAUCCAAACUUAAAAAAGAAAAUUCCAUCAUUACAGAGGUUACUUGGGUGGCAAACAAUUCUCUUAUUCUCAAGGAAGUGACACGAUCGGCAGAUGCUGGGAAUGUUGUUUUCUUCAACUUCGGGUCGAAAAUUGUCAAGGGACAAGUUGUUCGCACAUUAGGGGAGAAAGGGGAGGAAGGUGAUGACGGAUGGAUUGAUAGCACCCAAUCCGUAUAUCCCCUGACGCACCCGAUCUCCGUCGCGUCUUUGGGGACGUCGGCAUAUCUUGAUAUAUUGCCAACUAGGGAGGGUUACAACCAUAUAGCUCUCUUCACUCCUGCUGACUCGAGGGUGCCUCGGUGGCUCACCUCAGGCGAUUGGGAAGUGAGUGACCCUAUCCUCAAGGUCGACCCCGUGAAAGGUCUUGUAUACUUUGGUGUCGCAUCCAAGACUGGCAUCAACAGGCAUGUGUAUGCAGUGCCCCUGCCAUCUGCCGCAGGUCCCGAGCCGACAGAGGCACAGAAACCAAGUGUGGCACCUACCCCUCUGACGGAUGAGUCACGCCCCGGUUACUAUGUUGCUUCCUUCUCUCCUGGGGGGAGGUAUUACGUCCUUGAUCAUUUGGGUCCAUUGAUACCAUGGCAGAAAUUGAUACAAACGGACAACUCGUCCUUUGAAUAUACACUCAGUGACAAUCUAGCACUAAAUUUGACAAAUGAAGAAUUCCAGGCCCCUGUCGUGAUUCACUCCACGAUCGAUAGCGAAGGGUAUGAGUUAAACGUAAAGGAGCUUCGACCGCCAGGAAUGGAUGAUUCGGGACGUGUCAAGUACCCUGUUCUCUUCUAUGUAUAUGGCGGUCCUGGCUCGCAGCUUGUCAACACUAGGUUCGGUCGUGACUGGCACGACUAUCUAGUGUGCAACUUGAAGUAUAUCGUAGUUAUUGUUGAUGGAAGAGGCACGGGAUUUAAGGGUAGGAGAUUGCGGAAUCCUGUUCGAGGCAACCUCGGAUUUUUCGAGACGGUGGACCAGAUCAAUGCUGCUAAAAUUUGGGCUACUAAGCGUUAUGUUGACUCAAGGAGGAUAGGUAUUUGGGGUUGGUCCUAUGGAGGUUUCAUGACUGGCAAGGUCAUCGAAGCCAACGCCGGGAUCCAUUCUCUCGGAAUGAGCGUGGCGCCCGUCGUUUCAUGGCUUAUGUACGACUCCAUCUACACGGAGCGAUACAUGCGUACACCCCAACUUAAUCCCGACGGAUACAUCAAUGCCUCUAUUACGAAUGUCACCGGGUUCAAUAAUGUCGAUUUCUUGCUAGCCCACGGCAGUGGGGAUGAUAACGUGCACUUUGCAAAUUCGGCCCAUCUCCUUGACAUGUUUACUCAGGAUCACGUUCAAAGCUUCAGAUUUAGGAUGUUUACAGAUAGUAAUCAUCGCAUUGUCACACGGGGAGCAAACCGCGAGUUAUACGAAUGGAUGACCAGCUAUUUGAUAGAGAAGUGGGGCAAAGGACCAUUGCGAAGGUCAUAAUUAGAAACCAAAGUAUCAUCACCCCUUGGCCAGCGACCGCUCGCCAUUUAAUAUGAUUUUGGGAGCAUCCAUGCAGGUGGCCUGUGACGGAGUUAUUCAAAAUCAUCGUGCAUUUUUGGGCAAAACAAAGUGACCAGAAUUAAGG